AUGGAUGUGACCAAGAAAAACAAGCGAGAAGGCACUGAAGUCACUGAAAGACUUAUCACGGAAACAGUAACUACAAGACUCACAUCCUUACCACCAAAAGGGAGCACCAGAAAUGGAUACGCUAAGACAGGAUCUCUCGGCGGAGGAAGUCGGCUAGAGAAACGUCUGACUCAUGGCAGCAGCGGCUACAUCAACUCAAGCGGGAGCAUCCGGGACGCUUCCACCUCCAGCUACAGGAGAGCUCACUCACCGGCCUCUACCCUGCCCCACUCUCCAGGCUCCACCUUUGAGAGGAAAACUCACAGGACCCGCCAUGGAACUUACGAAGGUAGCUCCAGCGGCAACUCCUCCCCUGAGUACCCACGGAAGGAACUCGCAUCUUCUGCAACCAGAGGACGAAGCCAAACGCGAGAGAGCGAAAUUCGAGUUCGACUGCGUGCGUCACCUUCCACCAGAUGGACAGAGCUGGAUGAAGUCAAGCGUUUGCUUAAGGGGAGCCGAUCUGCAAGCGCAAGUCCCACCAGGAACACCUCCAAUACUCUCCCCAUCCCCAAGAAAGGCACUGUAGAGACCAAAAUGGUGACCGCGAGUUCCCACUCAGUAUCAGGAACCUAUGAUGCGACAGUACUGGACACCAACCUCCCCUCCCACAUGUGGUCAUCCACCUUGCCCGCAGGGUCCUCCAUGGGGACCUAUCACAACAACAUGACAGCCCAGAGCUCCUCCCUCCUCAACACCAAUGCCUACUCAACAGGAUCGGUCUUUGGAGUGCCGAAUAACAUGGCGUCAUGCUCCCCCACACUGCUCCCCGGACUCAGCAGCUGCUCCUCAGUGUUUGGCAUGCAGAACAAUCUGGCCCCCAGCUCUUCUGUCCUAGCCCAAGGCACAACCACCACUUCCACAGGUUGGUAGCCCACAAAAAACGUACCGCAGCCCCCCACUGUCACCAGCACCGGUGUGUCCACCUCUGCUACCUGCACCACCAGUGUCCAGAGUGAUGACCUCCUGCAUAAAGACUGCAAGUUCCUAAUUCUGGAGAAAGACAACGUACCUGCCAAGAAGGAGAUGGAGCUCUUGAUCAUGACCAAGGACAGUGGGAAGGUCUUCACUGCCUCCCCUGCCAGCAUCUCUUCAAGUAACUUCUUUUCAGAAGACACCCUGAAAAAAGAAAAGCAGGCUGCAUAUGUGGCUGACACCUGCCUAAAGGCAGAUAUAAAUGGAGACCUAAAUGCUGUGUCCACAAAGAGCAAGGUCACCUCAGUAGAAAACCACAGCUAUGACCGGGGUGGCGGUGGUGGAGGCAAAGGCGGCGGCGGAGGAGCCGUCCAUGGUGGUGGUGGUGGCGGUGGCGGCGCCGGUGGUGGAGGAACAUGGGGGGGCCCUGCCUGGUGCCCCUGCGGCUCCUGCUGCAGCUGGUGGAAGUGGCUGCUGGGCCUGCUGCUCACCUGGCUGCUGUUGCUGGGUCUGCUCUUCGGCCUCAUUGCUCUGGCGGAGGAGGUGAGGAAGCUCAAAGCCCGGGUGGACGAGCUGGAGAAGAUCAGGGUGCAAUAUUCUGAAGACAAGAUGGAGAGAAGUAGCAAGGACCGCCUUCUGAGUGAGGCUCCGGGCCUGGGACCUGGAUUAGGCAAAGCUGAGCUGGAUGGCCGCAGCCAGGAGGUGAUCUGGCUCUUCGUGAGGGACAAGCUGAUGAAAGAACAGGAAAAUGGAAAUCUCAGAGGAAACCCUGGUCCAAAAGGUGACAUGGGAAGUCAAGGUCCUAAAGGAGACCGAGGCCUCCCUGGGGUGCCAGGUAUUUCUGGGCCCCUAGGUCACCCAGGCCCAGAAGGACCAAAGGGACAAAAGGGCAGCAUUGGAGAUCCUGGCAUGGAAGGACCCAUAGGCCAGAGAGGACUAGAAGGCCCCAUGGGACCUCGUGGUGAACCUGGGCCUCCUGGGUCUGGAGAGAAAGGGGACAGAGGGAUUGCAGGAGAACAAGGCCCUCGGGGCCUUCCGGGUGUCCCAGGUUCUGUGGGUCCCAGAGGUAUGUCCCAAGGCUCUCCUGGUCCCCAGGGACCCCAGGUAAGUGUGCUCUGUGGGUCCCAAGGACUCCGAGGUGAAGUGGGACUCCCUGGUGUUGCAGGUGACAAAGGACUUAUGGGACCACCGGGCACCAAAGGUGACCAGGGUGAGAAAGGACCCAGAGGCCUCACAGGGGAACCUGGCAUGCGAGGUUUGCCUGGAGCCGUGGGUGAGCCCGGAGCCAAAGUGUGCAAUGGGACAAGUGAACUACUGGCAAGGGGCAUAGCUCGCCCCCUCAAGUUACCACAAAGUCCUUCUGGCCCUGAUGGACAGCAAAGCUCUGCAGGUGAGCAAGGUCUGACAGGGAUGCCUGGAACCCGAGGCCCACCAGGACCCUCUGGAGACCCAGGAAAGCCAGGUCUCACAGGACCCCAAGGACCUCAGGGACUUCCUGGUAGCCCUGGCCGACCGGGGACUAAAGGUGAACCUGGUGCUCCAGGCAGAGUCAUGACUGCAGAGGGGUCAUCAACAAUCACUGUCCCUGGACCCUCCGGACCUCCCGGUGCCAUGGGACCCCCAGGACCUCCAGGGACUCCAGGUCCCGCCGGCCCUGCUGGUCUCCCAGGACAACAAGGCCCACGAGGGGAGCCAGGACUUGCUGGGACUCAUUCAAUAAGCAGUGGUAGCUCCAUCUCCGAGGUCCUCUCUGCCCCGUGAAAGGGUGUUGACUUACGAGGUCCCCCUGGUCCACCUGGCCCACGAGGGCCACCAGGGCCUUCCAUCCCAGGCCCCACCAGGACCCAAGAGGCCCCCCCAGGGGAAGGUGUGCCAGGUCCACCCAGGCCCACCAGGAUCUUUCCUGCCUGGACUCAGGUAAAAACCCUCUUCUCUGGCCGUCCUCGGGUCCACCUGGCCCCCAGGUCCAAGGGAGACCAAGGUGAUCCUGGUGUCCCAGGUACUCCUGGCAUCCCUGGUGGUCACUCUCAUGGUGGAUCAUCCAGCACUACGUACAUGCAGGGCCCACCUGGCCCUCCGGGGCCCCCUGGGCCUCCAGGCUCCCUCAGUGGCUCUGGCCGAAUCCAGCACUACAUCGCAGAGUACAUGCAGAGUGACAGCAUCAGGUCUUACCUCUCUGGAGUUCAGGGUCCUCCAGGCCCACCAGGUCCUCCAGGGCCUGCCCUCACCAUCACAGGAGAGACUUUCGACUACUCCCAGCUGGCAAGCCAGGUGGUGAGCUACUUGCGGAGUAAGUCUGUCUUCUUCCCACCGCGGUCUGGCUACGGAGUCAGCUUGUCCUCUGCCUCCUCCGAAGAGAUCUUGGCCAUGUGCGACGUAAGGAAUGAUGUGUGGCAGUUCCUACGUCGCACCUGCAGCCCCCCGGGUCCCCCAGGGCCACCAGGAGUCGGUGGAGAUGGGUCCCUCCUGUCCUUGGACUAUGGAGAGCUAGCAGACACCAUUCUCAACUAUAUGUCAAAUUCUGGAAUCAGUUUUGGGCAUCCUGGUCCACCAGGCCCCCCUGGCCUGCCAGGAACAUCCUAUGAGGAGCUACUCACCAUGCUCCGAGGGUCUGACUACAGGGAUAUCAUUGGGCCUCCAGGACCACCCGGGCCACCCGGGAUGCCAGGCAGCGCGUGGUCCAGCAUCAGCGUGGAGGACCUCUCAUCCUACUUGCACACUGCUGGCUUGUCCUCCAUCGCUGGCCCUCCAGGCCCUCCUGGACCCCCAGGUCCUCGAGGGCCCCCAGGUGUCUCAGCAGCUCUGGCCACCUAUGCAGCUGAAAACAGUGACAACUUCCGCAGCGAGCUGAUUAACUACCUCACAAGUCCUGAUGUCCGUAGCUUCAUCGUUGGCCCUCCAGGCCCUCCAGGGCCCCAGGGACCACCUGGAAAUGGUCACUUAAGAGAGAACUACAGCUGGGGUAGCAGCUCCUCAGCCAGACGAGGCACUUCCUACAGCUCUUCCACGGGACUAGGGGGAGCCAAUGGAGGCUCCCUGGGCGAAGGUGGAGCCUUUGGUGCAGGAGAUGGGGGUCCCUAUGGUACUGAUAUCAGCCCAGGAGGAGGUUAUGGGGCAGCUGCAGGUGGCACAUAUGGCACCAAUGGUGAUUCGUUCCGGGCUGGCUUCACUGGAGACCUGGAUUACAACAAGCUGGCAGUGCGGGUGUCUGAGAGCAUGCAGCGUCAAGGUCUGCUACAAGGGAUGGCCUAUACUGUCCAGGGCCCACCAGGUGUGCCUGGGCCCCAGGGCCCUCCUGGCAUCAGCAAGGUCUUCUCUGCCUACAGCAAUGUGACCCAGGACCUCAUGGACUUCUUCCGGACUUACGGAGCUAUUCCAGGCCCACCUGGGCAAAAGGGAGAGGCGGGUGCCCCAGGACCCAAAGGUGACAGGGGCCUUGCUGGACAACGAGGUCCUCCUGGGCCACCUGGCCCUCGAGGGCAAAAAGGAGAGAAAGGAGACAAGGGCGACCAAGUCUACACUGGGAGGAGGAGGAGAAGUAUUGCCGUCAAGCCAUAAGUUGCACUUGGCAGGACCACCGAGUUCUUGGACCAAUCCUUGCAAUAUGCUUGGGUGUCUAUGUCCAAGGAUCCCCUGUGGGUGAAAACUGGAACUGGUUCACAUCUUGUUAAGACCAAGUCACCUAGCAACACUUGUUCUAGUUGGAACAAAAUAGAUACAUACAGAAAGUUCAAAGACACACAGUUGGGAACAGCUUCAUUGAUUGGGUGGGCCUUUCAGAAUAGCUGCAAAAAUUUAAUAUGAGAUUUAACCUCUCUGCUAUAUAGAUCUGAGCUCCCUGGCUUCUUUAGCUCCCUGGCUUCUUAACUCAGGCCUAAACCUCGGAAGCCAGGUACAUAAAUGUUGGGUGGGGAGUCUUGGCGCUUUGCCUAAAAAAUGAGCCCAGAAAAAUGAAAAAACGGGAAUGGGGACCUUGGCAGGGGUGACACUUGAUGGUUUCUGGUCACUGUCACCAAGGCUGUGCUCACUCUGCACUCUCAGAAGUUCCCUUCCUUCAAGGAUGGUUAUCUCAGCAGAGAUGCCAACCACCUCCUACUGGAGUACGGCCUGUGUCCCUGUGCAUGCCGGAAGUCACGAUACGACACCACACUAGACCACAGCGGACAGCACAAGAGGGGCAGCACACAAGGAAGGGGAACAUGGCCUCCAUACCCCAUUCUGCACAUAGGAAAGGGCAUGGGUGCAGCUUGUUUUUAAGCACUUUUCACUGUCCAAAAGUAUUUGUAUGUAAGCUGUAAGAUGAAAAAAUCAUUUCAAUUGUAAAAUUUUCAAUUAAAGUUUUUUUUUUCUUUUUUA